UGAGGUGAAUUACACUGUAGCACAACGAAGGCCGCUUGUACAUCACGGAGGCUUGUCAUUUCGGGUGAGAAUACAAAGCUUUAUUGGUCAGGCCAAGCGAUGCAUACAGCUCAACACACACAGCACCGAAGAACCUCCAAUCCGGACCUCACCGGGUCCACAUCCAGCCGAGUGGCGUCACCACACAGACCCCGCCCCACCGUGCUUCCUCCGCCGCGGACGCGUCUUCUUCCUUCUCCUCCCUCCAAUCCUCUGCUGCUGCUUCCGCCGCCGUUGUGAAAAAAAUAGAGGAAGAAGCGACAUUAACCUGAAAGAAAAAAUAAUCCGAGCCCAAUGCCGCGGGGUCGCCCCCCGAAACCACGGGCUGGGGACGGACCGCAGACAGAAAUCCUUACAGAUGGAGUUUUAACAACAAAUGCUGACAAUAAUAGUUUCUCCUCCCAUGGAUCAUCCUACAAGUGUGACAUCUGUUUGUUAUCCUUCCCUAAGGAGACACAGUACCAGAAACACAUGCGGAAUCAUGAGAAGAAUGAUAAGCCCCAUCGGUGUGAUCAGUGCCCAAUGUCUUUUAAUAUCGAAUUUAACCUUACACUUCAUAAGGCUACACAUAAUGUGGAUCAUCCGGCAUGUCCAGCGUGUAACAAAAAGUUCUCUCGAGUGGCCAGUCUCAAAGCUCAUAUUAUGCUGCAUGAAAAAGAAGAGACCCUCAUCUGUUCAGAGUGCGGAGAUGAAUUCACAUUACAAAGCCAUCUGUCUCUGCACAUGGAGGAACAUCGAAAAGAGGUGACAGGAAACAAAACCUACAGCUGCAAGUCAUGCAAAAAGACUUUUGAGACUGCACCACAGCUUAAAAACCAUAUGAAAACUCAUUUCAAAAUCAGAGUGUCAAGCACUAGAUCUUACAAUAGGAACAUAGACAGAAGUGGAUUUUCCUACUCCUGUCCACACUGCGGUAAAACAUUUCAGAAGCCAAGUCAGUUAACUCGCCAUAUUAGGAUUCACACAGGUGAAAGACCCUUCAAGUGUAAUCUGUGUGGAAAAGCUUUUAACCAAAAAGGGGCACUGGCCACGCACAUGGUGAAGCAUACAGGUGAAAAGCCUCACACCUGUGCUUUUUGUCCAGCUGCCUUUUCUCAAAAAGGCAAUCUGCAGUCACACAUACAACGGGUUCAUUCAGAGGUGAAGAAUGGUGUUACAUAUAACUGCACAGAUUGUAGCUGUGUUUUUAAAAGCCUUGGCAGUCUUAAUACCCACAUCAGCAAGAUGCAUGUAUUGGGAUCACAGACUACACCACCUUCAACAGGAGCACCAAACCAUGUGAACAUGGAUAUAUCACAGCCACCAGCAAUUCCUGAUGCAAACCUUCUACACCAGUCACCUGAUGAUAAGUGGAAAAAUACUCUACUUUUUCGCUCUUUUCAAGCUCAGACAGACACAGCUGGUUCCUCAGCUUCGGGACAGCAAGGACAGCAGCCAGCUGUGGCAGAUGUUAUUCAGCAGCUUCUAGAGCUGUCUGAGCCCGUGCCGGUAGAAAACCAUCAGAAUCAGCAGUCAGGACAGCCACUAAAUAUUGCUGUGGGUAUUAACAGAGACAUUUUACAGCAAGCUCUAGAAAACAGUGGACUAUCAUCAAUUCCAGUUGUGCCACUUCCCAGUGACACAAGUCAAGCCAAGACAACCGAUCAAGAAAUUGAAUGUCUUUCAAGCCAGCAAAUGGACUGUAAUGACCAGGAGCCUGGGGCGGUUCAAGAAGAUCAGGAUAAAACAGAGAAGUCUGAGAAAAGGAUAUUUAAAAAAAAAUCUCCGUUCACGCCAGUUUCAGGAUCAGUCCGAGAGGAAAGUGGAGUCCGAUGGCAUGUGUGUACAUACUGCGCAAAGGAGUUCAAGAAGCCCAGUGACUUGGUGCGGCACAUUCGUAUUCACACACAUGAAAAGCCAUUCAAAUGUCUGCAGUGCUUCCGGGCCUUCGCUGUGAAAAGCACCCUUACUGCUCACAUCAAGACACACACUGGCAUUAAAGCUUUUAAAUGUGACUUUUGCAUGAAAUGUUUUUCUACCUCUGGAAGUUUGAAGGUUCAUAUACGCCUACACACUGGGGUUAGGCCUUUUGCUUGUCCACAUUGUGAAAAGAAAUUCCGUACUUCAGGACACAGAAAAACUCACAUAGCUUCACAUUUUAAACAGUGUGAGCUAAGGAGAUUACAUCAACAGCGCAAGCCUGGUAAAGUGCGUACUGGGAAGAACAAUGUCCCCGUGGCAGAAAUUCCAUUGCAGGAGCCUAUACUAAUCACAGAUUUGGGUCUUAUUCAGCCAAUCCCUCGGAACAGUCAGUUUUUUCAAAGCUAUUUUAUUAAUAGUUACACACAUGAAGUUGAUCGACCAUACAAGUGUUACUAUUGUCAACGUGCCUAUAAGAAAUCCUGCCACUUAAAACAGCAUAUCAGGUCUCACACUGGUGAAAAGCCCUUUAAGUGCACUCAAUGUGGAAGAGGUUUUGCGUCCUCUGGAGUCUUAAAAGCACAUGUUAGAACUCAUACUGGAUUGAGGUCCUAUAAGUGCCCUGUAUGUAAUGGAGCUUUUACGACCGGUGGCAGUCUCAGGCGUCACAUGGGUAUUCAUAAUGACAUGCGGCCGUAUAUGUGUCCUUAUUGUCAGAAAACAUUUAAGACAUCCAUAAACUGCAAAAAACACAUGAGAACCCACAGAUAUGAAGUUGCCCACCAACUCCAGCAACACCAGUCUGCACCUUCUGAAGAAACCCCCGUAGAUCAGAUUCAUGUAUCCAAUCAAAUACAGGUGGAAAUAGAAGGAACUAAUCUACAUCAGCAAACCACUGUAGCCACGCAGCAGGAAGCAAUUUUACAGCUCAGCCCACAGCCAGAUAUGGAUACGGUUUCACCUGCUCUAGAGCAGACGCUUGUUGAACAACCUCUACAUGCUGAAGAAGAUAGAUUUGUGACUUCCCAGCAUACUCUACAGGAGAAUAUUGGCCAGUAUGAGUCUCAGGUCAUGCAUCCACAGCCAUUUGAUCAGCAAGGGCUACCACAAGGCUUUACAGUAACGGAUGGAUUUAGCCAGCAAACUUCUUUCCCAGCUGUACAACAGUUACAGGACUCCAGCACUCUUGAAUCUCAAGCUCUCUCUUCAAGUUACCAACAGCCAACACUUAUGGAGACUGCUCGCUUAAUUCAGGAAGAGACACAAGAAGAGAUUGAAUUGCAGGCCCAGAGAACUACGUAUCUGGAAUCUACAGAGGAUCAAAGCAGGCGUGCUUACAGAUGUGAAUAUUGCAGUAAAGGUUUCAAAAAGUCCAGUCAUCUGAAGCAACAUGUUCGAUCCCACACUGGAGAAAAACCAUAUAAGUGCUCUAUGUGUGGUCGUGGUUUUGUUUCAUCUGGGGUACUCAAGUCACAUGAGAAGACUCAUACAGGUGUUAAAGCUUACAGUUGCACUAUAUGUAAUGCAUCCUUUACAACAAAUGGCAGCCUGACCAGGCACAUGUCUACUCAUGUGAGUAUGAAACCCUACAAGUGCCCUUUCUGUGAUGAGACCUUCCGGACAACAGUUCACUGUAAAAAACACAUGAAAAAGCACCAGAACAUUCCCUCCAACCUUGUUUCAGAUGGAGAUGGGACCUCAAGAGAAGAUGUAGAUGUAUGUCUUGAGGAAGAUGAGGAGAAUUCAGAGAGACUAGCAUCAAGAAAGUCCCGCCAUGGCGUCAUUACUUUCACAGAGGAGGAGACCGCUGAACUGGCAAAAAUUCGACCUAGAGACGGAGCCACUAUUUCUGAGAAAGUACUGGUGCAGUCAGCGGCAGAGAAAGAUCGUAUAAGUGAAAUCAAGGACAAACAAGCAGAAAUGGAAACUGAACCCAAAUUUGCUAACUGCUGCACGUACUGCCCCAAAAGCUUUAAGAAGCCCAGUGACCUGAUUAGGCAUAUACGCAUUCACACAGGAGAAAAACCAUUCAAAUGUGAAGAUUGUGGAAAGACCUUUACAGUUAAGUCAACGCUGGAUUCCCAUGUGAAAACUCAUGGAGGUCAAAAACUCUUCAACUGUCAUGUCUGUGCUAAUUCCUUCUCAACUAAAGGCAGUCUUAAAGUACACAUGCGCCUGCACACCGGUGCAAAACCUUUUAAAUGCCCUCAUUGUGACAUGCGAUUCCGGACAUCUGGCCGUAGAAAAACUCACAUACAGUGCCAUUAUAAAUCAGAUGCUAAAAAAGUCAGGAGGCCAGUUGCGCGUAGGCACCUUCCUCAAGCUACGGUCUCUGCAACCAGUACUUCUUCCAGCACAGUGGAAUCUCUUCAGCCAAUAAACCUGCUAAGCACAUCUUCCACAGACCCAAGUGUCUUUAUCACAAAUGGCUCAGUGCUUUCCAGCCAGUUUGAUCAGAGUUUGCUUCAUCAGGGACUGGUUGGUCAAGCCAUUCUUCCUGCAUCUGUAUCAGCUGGUGGGGAUUUAACAGUGUCACUGUCAGAUUGUAGCUUGACCACUCUGGAAGGAAUUCAGCUACAGCUGGCUGCCAACCUGGUUGGACAAAAUGUUCAAAUUUCUGGAAUCGAUGCCACAGGGAUCAACAAUAUUACACUGCAGAUUGAUCCCAGCCUAUUACAGCAAACUCUGCAGCAUAGCAAUAUUAUACCUCAAGCUCUCCAUGGAGACUCUGGUGCAGUACAAGCUACCAGCACUCUGCACACAAGUGAUAACGCUGUACCAGCAAAUGUUGUACUUCAGCCUAUAGCAAGCUUGUCUCUGCAACCUGGCACAACAUCCUCCUCCAACCUAACUAUUACACCUAUCCAUGAACAAGAAUCUGUGUUACGUUCCAGCAGCACAAGUGGACAUGAGCUUUCCCAAGUCAUGACUUCCCAAGGUCUGGUGUCUUCAUCUAAUGGACCACAUGAGAUCACACUGACCAUUAAUAACUCCAGUUUAAGCCAGGUUUUAGCCCAUGCUGCUGUCAACACUCCAACCACAUCCUCAGUGUCCCCUCAGGAGAUCACCCUUACCAUAUCUGGUCAAGAUCUCAUGCAGCUAGGUGCUGCAGGAGGCAGUGAACUGAAUGGGAACCUGAGAAUAAGUACAUCUGCAGUUACUAACCAGACUCCUGAGACCUCAUUAUCACUGAGCAACGAUCACAUUUUAUCACAGGCCACUACACUAACCACUACUUCAGAACUGACCACAUCAACUGGCAGUCUUCCUAGCACCACCUCAAUCACUCAAACCCCAGUAUCUACUCAGAAUUUGGUUAUGUCAUCUGGAGUGGGAGGAGAUGGAAGUGUAACUCUAACCUUAGCUGACACUGAGAGUAUGUUGUCGGGAGGACUUGAUACUGUGACCCUGAACAUCACUCCCCAGAGCCAACAAUUCUCUGGCAUUCUAUCUGAUAACAGCAUAUCGGGACAAAGUGGAACUGGCAAUCAACAGGUCAUAUUGGUUAGUCAUGGAGGACAGCCUUCCAGCACUAGGGAUCUCAAUUACCAGGUUACAGAUGACGCACACAUAGAUAAAGGUAGCGACGCAGACAAGCAGGACAGAAUAUACGAGUGCUUUGAAUGUAAUCAUUACUUUUCCUCUGCCUCCAUGUUGGCAGAUCAUGGCAAAGACACUCAUGGGAAGGAAAAGAUUCAUGUGUGCCACCUGUGCAAUAAAGCCUUUAAGAGAGCAUCACAUCUAAAGGAUCACAUGCAAACACAUCAGCCUGGGCCUUCUCGAAAUUCUCAAUUGCCAAAAUUAUUUAGGUGUGAUACAUGUGACAAAGGCUUUGCUAAACCAAGUCAACUUGAAAGACACAGCCGCAUUCACACAGGUGAACGACCAUUUCAGUGCACACUGUGCGAGAAAGCUUUUAACCAGAAGAGUGCACUACAAGUGCAUAUGAAAAAACACACUGGAGAAAAACCUUACAAAUGUGAUUACUGUUCAAUGACCUUCUCCCAGAAAUGCAAUAUGAAGCUGCACAUGAAGCGAACCCAUUCUUACCCUGAUCUUAUUGAAGAAGUGUCAUUGCACCCAGAGGAAGAUGAAGGUGAGGAAGACAUCACCCAAACUCUUGACUUGGAAGAAGUUGUUCAGGAAUCAUCCGGAGAAUGGCAGUGUGGAAUAACCAAUGUUUUCCGAUGACCAAAAUCACUUCAUUAUUCUGUGUGAAUUGCAUACACGCAUGCAUUGAACAGUCUUAUUGAAGAAAUGUCAUUGCACCCAGAGGAAGAUGAAGGUGGGGAAGACACCACCCAAACUCUUGACUUGGAAGAAGUUGUUCAGGAAUCAUCUGGAGAAUGGCAGUGUGGAAUAACCAAUGUUUUCCGAUGACCAAAAUCACUUCAUUAUUCUGUGUAAAUUGCAUACACACAUGUAUUGAACAGUCUUAGCAUUGCAUUCAAACUCUACAUGGUGGAGUGUCAUUCCACUUUACCAUGCAUCAAAUGUAAAUAUUAUUCAGGUGCUAUAUGUGUGAAAUGCUGACCAGCGUGUAUUAUAUUCUGAAUUUCUACUUUUACUCAGGUACCUCUGACAAUAUAAUUUGCGCUUACAGAACUCUUUGUUGUUAUUUCAAUGACUCUUGAUCUCCAGAACGUCAUCUGGAAGUAAAACAUGAGUCAGGAAUGCAAUUAUUUAAUGUACGAAUGUUGAAGUAAAGAUGAUUGCACUUGCUGACUCUAAGUUCCUUAGCUUUUGUGAUGUCCUGCUGAACAAGGUUCAUGCUAAUUGGCUGAAAUACAGCUGCAUGUACAUAUACAUUGAUGUUUACAUGCACACAAUUCUAAAUAUGCUCUUAUACUAUAUUCUGAUUUUAUAUGCAACUCUACUGGAAGAAAAUAUCAUGUUACAAAAAAAUUCAACACUUGUUUUAUUUUUCCCCUUAGUUUUAUAUGGAGGGGAAUUCAGUUUGGUUAUUAUUUGAAAAGUGGCUGGUCCAUUUUCUAUGUAAAUUAAGUAUAAGUACUUGAUAGGGAUUCUAAAUUGUUUAUAAAAGCUUAUAACUGUAUUAUACAUUUAAGGUGUUCUGCUUAACAUUUCCAUUUUGUUGGUCACUACAGAGUAUAAAUCACUUCUACAGUUUUUUUCUUUUUUUUUUUCUUUUUACAAAAUGUAUAGACAUGUCAUCAUGGCAGCAAUAUUUUACAGCAAAUAAGUAUUUAUUUUUAUUUUUUUAAUAACCAAAACAUUUUUUCUCUGUACUGUUUUAGGUUAGGUUUUUUUAACAUUUGUUUAAAUGUGUAGUUUAGGGCACAUUGAUAUAUAUUUUAGGUUCCCCUGGGUCUUUUUUCUGUCUAAUUUUCGCAUAUAUGAAGGACGAUAUGUGUAAGUGAUUUUCUGAUUUUCUGUUCUGGUAAAAAAGCCAAAUAAUAGAUAUAUAUUAUAAUAAACAAUUUAUGAGCGAGUUCAUAUUGAAAAAACAUAUCAAGUUUGAAAUCCACAUUUAAAUGCUCAUUUGGCAAAAGUAAUCUAGUAAAAUCUAUGUUGUUGGCUUUUUGCAGUUCAUUUCAAACUGUGUCUGUGUAUACAUCUUGUCUCCCACAGAAUCCAACCAACAAGUAUCGAGAACAUUUUAAAACAUUCCAGCUGUGACUUUUUAUUACUCCUUCCUUGCUUAUUUACUGCAAUACCAUCUGACCAGCAGAUACUUUUUACUCUGUUGCUUUUCCGUAGUCCGUGAAAAGCUAAUAUGUUUUCCCAAAAUACAAAAAAUAGGUAUGUCCUUAUGACAUUCUGACAUUAAAGUGUACUCCACUUUAAAAAAAGAAAAGCUGAUCUAUGGUCAUUACUGAAUUCUGAUUAUUUGUUGUACAUGGGGUGUCUGCGUGGGGGCAGCCGUCUUGAUAGAAGCAGGAUUUUGCCUCCUCAUGUCAGAGCACAGUAAGGACAUCACCAAAUCUCACUUGAAAUCCCCUAAGACUAGCAGUCUAAUAUACAGUGCCCUAGAUCCCACACUGCUGAUAUACAGCUAUGAGGCUGUAGGCACGCUCACACUGCAUUGCACUUUUCAUAUAAAAAACAUAAAAAAACACUUUAGGCUUCUCCUUUGGCAUAAUUACCAUUUCUAAAUGUUUCUUAUAACAUUGCUAGUCUUCACGUUUUAAAUUUAGAUCCACUCUUAGCCUAUCCCCUGAUCUGUGAAAUUCACAGCAAAAUAUAGUUCUGUUUUGGUCAACGAUAUUUUCCUAAUACCUGAAGACCAUGUCACCAUAAUCCCACCAAUGUGCUAUAGCGUUCCCGUGUUGCACACCAUGCAUGCAGUCUGCUAGUUGCUCAGUUCCAGUCCUGACCCCACUCAUCUUCCUACUGCUCCACACUGCACACCAGAAGUGACUUUUCCAGUAUAUAUACACACAUGAACCAGAAGUGACUGCUGAUGACGUCUUUUAAGUUCACUUGUUGGUUUCCCAGUGCAUUUCUCAGUAUUUGCAAUACUACUAAAACAAAGCGAAGCUAACACUGAUUAAAAGCUCAUCAAAAGCUUCAGGUGCUUUAGGCUGGGUUCACACCUAUGCAAAUUGGAUGCGGCUUUCCAAUUAGCAUGACAGGAGAUUUUGACUGGCUCUCUAUGGAACCGAUUCACAUAUCUCCGUUGCAGCUUGUACAGGAAGCUCUGGCUCUGGCUCUAAAGCUCUGGCUCUUCAGGGCCGAAUUCAGGCAAAAAUUCAGCCCUGAUUCAUCUCAAAAACAGAGAAUUGGGAUACACUGGACCCCUGUUGCAAGCCGCAUCUGUGUGAACCUAGCCUCGAGCAAGCUUUGUCAUUGACUUCUGUGGAGGUUUUGGAGACGAUUUGAAGCACCAGGAAAGCAACAUAGGAUAUUGAUUUUUUAAGCAAACGCAACAUGUGACCAGAACUGUUAGGGGACCAUUUUAUUUAGUGUCCAAUGCCACAUUUUGAAGCAAGUGUAAACGAGCCAUUGCCUAAAGAGUUUGAGUGUAGUCUGUCAUCUUAAUGCAAAGUGCAGCUACUCAUUGGACCCAUCCAUAUAUCUGACUCCAUUAAAGUGAAAUCUGAUUAAUGCUGCUGCACCUUGUAUAACAUAAUUGCUUUCCAUUGAACAUGUCAAAUAUUAAACAGGCAAGCAAUUCAUCACAAGUGGUUUCUAUUAUCUCUAUCAAUAAUUUGUUUUCAUUUUAUUUCUGUUAUGAUGAAAAUAUUUAUUUUGUAAAUGUUUGUAUAUAAACAAAAAAAUGGCAUCAUAGUAUUUUUUGUAAAACUGAAAACUUCCUUGAAAAAUCCAAUGUAAGCAGCCUUUUGUAAAUUGUGCAAAAUGGUUUGUUUUAAUAUUAUGUGCUACAUGCUUCUACUAUUUGAUUUGUACUUUCAUAAGCUGUGAACAUUUGCACUUUUACCUGUUUUUUUUUUAUUUCUGAUUUUGAACAUGGCUGUUCAUUAAGAGGUUUUCUAUUCAAGCAAUACAUUGCGCAGGCCCAUCAUCCCUUCUCUGAUUGGUGGAUACUUGCUUUAAACUCCUGCUGAUGAGCUAAUUUAACAGUGCAGCUGUGAGAACUCUUCUUGGCUUUCUUGACGUAAUACAGACAAAAUGUAAAAAAAAAUUCUGGUGGCAAAAAUCUGUGGAUUCCUGAGGCUGGAAUGACAGGUAUAUGCAAAGAGCUGUGGCCAUUCACCCUAUACAAUGCAAUGAGAUGCUGACGGUGGCUGCAGCUAUUCUUCACUGUUGGCAGGUGUUCGCACAGCAGCAAUUACAUGCAGUUCGAGACAGAUGAUCUGGACACUGUCUCUAACCUCAGAUAUAUGCUGACUGUGUGAACAGCUGCAGACAGAUAUCUAAUUCAUGAUUUCAUCUCCUUUAAACACUUUCUAUUGUAAAUAUAGAGCAUUAAGCAGCUUGUGACUUAAAACGUUGUAAAAUAUUGAACUUAAAGUGUAUUAAACAGAUAUUUUUUAAUAA